ACAAAAACUGAAAGAAGGUAAAAUAAAACUGGAAAAUCCUGGGAAACAAAGCAGUGUCUUUGCUGUGACUGUCGGCUACAAAGAGUUGCCGAGGCGUUGGACACGAAUCUGUGUCACUCGAUGCUAUAAAAGGUGGGAGACAGCGAGCAGCACUACGCUUCGCUGCAAGCACGCGGCAACUACAGACGCCAGAAAAAUCUUGGACUGUAUCUUGGCUUGCCUCGUAUCUGCUCUCUGCCAGGGACUGACCCCUCACGUAGCGACUACAGGGCAGGUGUGUGUGGUGCGAGCGGGGGAGAUACCUGCGCCCCAGGUGAGAGCGAGGGUGAGCGUUGCCGGAUCGCCAGGUGAGGAGUAGCUGCGGACAGGUGCGACAGUGCAGGUCACACAGGCGGGUGUCUUGGUGCGGCCUGGAGACAGGUGUGGUGGAGAGAGUCGCAAGUGGUUCGUGGAGCAGGGGGGAUGUACCGGGAACUGGCAUGAGGCGAGGUCAGCGCAAGCAGCAGGGGAGAGGAGGCCUGCAGUUUCUGGCACCGGUCAUCACCAUACAGACUCUGCUGAAAGAUCUUCUGAAGCUUCAGAGGGGCACCCAGAAGCCACGCCGCAACAACCGCGGCCUCAACAACAGAGCCCACAGCCAGCGAGUCCUUGCCAGCAACAACAUUGACUGCACGGGGGCCGCCACAGCCGCAGCCGCCACCCUCGCCGCGGCGACCGCCAUCGCUGGCAACGGCGACUGCGACGAUAACGACAACACAACAAACAUGAAUCCUGCAACCCAGGUUACCUCGCAGACUGAACCUGAUCCAGAUGCUAUCAAAAUGUUUGUUGGCCAGAUACCAAGAAGCAUGGAUGAAAAUGAUCUCCGAAAAAUGUUUGAAGAUUUUGGUCCAGUCUACCAGCUUAAUGUGUUGCGCGAUAAGAACACUGGCCAAAGUAAAGGUUGCUGCUUUGUAACAUUCUACACAAGGAAAGCAGCAUUAGAUGCCCAAAAUGCCCUUCAUAACAUUAAAACAUUGCCAAUGAUGCACCAUCCUAUUCAGAUGAAACCAGCUGAUAGUGAGAAGAGAAAUGGUGAGCACCACAACGUGGAGGAGCGCAAACUAUUUGUUGGAAUGCUGAGCAAGAAGUACAAUGAAAAUGAUGUUCGUAUGAUGUUUGCACCCUUUGGUACGAUUGAGGAUUGCACUGUUCUUCGGGAUGCAAACAGCCAGUCAAGAGGUUGUGCGUUUGUCACGUUUGCAAACAGGCAAUGCGCCAUGAAUGCUAUCAAGAGCAUGCAUCAUUCCCAGACCAUGGAGGGUUGUUCUUCACCGCUGGUGGUCAAGUUGGCAGAUACACAAAAGGAGAAGGAACAAAAGAAAAUGCAGCAGAUGACUUCAAACUUAUGGAGCAUGCCACUUGGAGCUUUUGCACCACAGUACCUUGCAUUGAUGUCCCAACAAGCUAAUGGUGGAGCAGGUUUCAACAUGGGCAGUCUUGGCAAUGCUCUUAGUGCUGUUGGUGUGCAGCAACUACUGGCUGCAGCAGCUGCUGCCAGCAAUAAUCCUGGCUUGUUAGCAGCCCUGGCGGGGCUAAACAGUGGGAAUACCAAUGCCUUAGGCAAUAACAACGCCUCUGCAGCCAGCGGUCUCAAUUCAAACAGCAAUUCUGCAGCAGCGGCAGCCUUAAAUGCCUUAAGUGGCCAAAAUAUGGGUGGCCUGGGAGCCCAGAAUAUGCCCUUUGGACAGCUUGCAAAUAACAGUGCCUCAGGUGCAUCUGGUAUGAUGAACAGAAAUCGUGUUUGUGUUCCAGCAUCAGGCACAGGUGUUGGCACUGCAGGGCUACAAAAUCUGGGUGGUAGCAACAACAUGGGCUCGGGUCUUUCCAGCAACAUGAAUGGUUUUGGUUCCACGAACUCUGCAGGCAUGGAUGCUCUCAGUCAGGCAUACUCUGGCAUCCAGCAAUAUGCAGGUUUGUCUGGUUUAAUCAAUCAAGCAUCAUUCCCGAAUGCAUUUAAUGCACAAGCACAGAUGCAGCAAGCUAAUGCCAGCACUCAAGCAGGCAAGCAAACAGAGGGCACCCGCCCCUCAGGUCCUGAUGGCGCCAACCUGUUCAUAUACCACCUGCCCCAGGAAUUUGGGGACCAUGAUCUCAUGCAGAUGUUUGCUCCCUUUGGCAAUGUUGUUUCUGCCAAAGUCUUCAUUGACAAGCAGACCAAUCUCAGCAAGUGCUUUGGGUUUGUCAGCUAUGACAGCCCAAUGGCAGCUCAGUCAGCCAUCACUUCCAUGAAUGGAUUUCAGAUUGGAAUGAAACGUCUCAAGGUGCAGCUAAAAAGACCAAAGAAUGACAGCAAACCAUAUUAGACUUGGAUCAGUUUCUGUAUUCCAUAGCCUGGCCUUGCAAGAAUACCAAAUGCUUGAGUACACCCUGCAGAAAUGCUACCUACAGAAGGAAGGCAGGAGUGUGGUGUGGCCAACAGAAACCCAACGUCAAAGAAAGGGGAGCAAGAGGGGCUUGAAGACCAUUGGGUUAUUCAUCGGUUGGCCUGGUAGUAUAGGAACAGUGACUGAUAUGAAGAGCCAUGUUACUGAAGUGUGGGCAGAGGGACAGGUCAUUCUAGAAAGUUGUGCAGUAUCAUGUCUUUGUUUUCAAGGAGCAAUAUUAAAAAGAAAUUGCAUAUGUGAUCCACUGCAAUGAGAAAAGACUUUACCGUUUCUUUUUUCAAGGGUGUAGCACCAGCACUAAGUUCUUCCUUAUUGAAUAAUUGCCUUGCACUGCCUUUUCUGAGAAAUGCCAAAGAAUACCUCGAAGGGCUUUUUUGGAAGUUUUCAUAUAGAGAUCUAGUGACUAGGAACAUGUUAUAAAUUUAUCAAUAGAACCCAUAUUUUUCUGACUCAGAAUAUUGUAUGUAUUAAAUAGGCUAGAGAUUGUCAGGGUUGGCAGGUCUUGAUUUUAAGGCCAAAAACUAAAAUUGUUGCUUUUGGAGGUGUGCAUUUAGUACUGAAUGCAUUUUAAAGCUGAUUAUGUGGUUAUUUGGUUGUGUGUUGUCGUGAGUAGACAUUGUUUAGCUUAAAAUAGACACAUGGCAGCUGUUGCCUUUCUAUCCUGCAGAUUUUAUGGAAAGUGUUUGCUAACUACUUCAAACUGAAGUCUGUUAGCUAUGAGCUAUAAAAACAUUGUUAGCCAUGAGCCUGUGACAAAAGAUCAAUUAUAGAACAUUGCAAAUAAAAACAUUUCCUUGUAAUCUGACAGUUUUAGUUUGGAAAUGAAUGUAGUAUAUACACAGUUGUAAGUAAACAAUUUUUUUUCAAACUUGAAUUUUCAAUAGAAAUACUAAAUGUAUUUAGUACAGUAGAACAUUUAACCAAAAGAGAUGUUUUUUAAACAGUUCUUUAAUAAGUAAUUGUCUUGAAAAUGCCCGAAAAGUAUGUGGUUGUGAAUUUUGACAAUAAAAUCAAAAUUGUUCCGUAAAAAUAUAAAUUGUAAGUUAUAAAUUUAAUACUUUUGUAUGACUAAUAAGGGAAAAUGUGUUUCAGCCUUAUGUAGGUUUUUUUUUUCUUUUAAUUUCAGAAUGUUGCCAGAUUUCUUAUACAAAUAUCUAAAACUCUUUGAUCUACCUGGCCUGAUAGCUUGUGGAAAUCUUUAUAAAUGGCCUGCAACUCAAAUACUUCAGCUUUUGCCGUAAAACUAAGCAGUUGCCUGUGCAUUUUGCAUGAUAGUGUAUUUAAACUAAUAUGCAUUUAGCAUUUUGUAUAUUUAUAAACUUUGAGAACUAUUUUACUACAAUAAAUUAUAUGGUAACUGUCAAGUGCUUUUCCAUUUGAAAAUAAACAUGCACUUGCUCACUUUUUUUUUUCUUUUAAACAUUUAUAGCAUAUUUUCAGCAUUGAAUUAAUUGCAUGUCAUAAUUCAAAGUAGGAGGUGAUUUGUGCUUAAUUACUGAAUUGCAGUGUAGUAAACAUGAAACUUAUAACAUGGUUGAUUUACUAUGGUGGACCAUGGCAUCAGGUUAGUUAUCCCUGUUUUAAUUAUAUUUGUAAACAUCAGCAUUCAGAAAAAGAUGGGUGUAGAAAUAAAAUAUAUAUAUAAGCGUAAUUGCUUCAAAUAGGUCACCAGGGAUUUUACUAUGUGCAGUAAGUCAUGACCAGAUUGUCCUUUUGGCACUGCACAACCAUUGAGAUGCAAAAUUGCAAUAAUUUGAAGUCCUCAAACUCACCCUAAGUUUAUUUAUAGUAGAUCUUUACUGUGGCUUUUCACACCACUGAACCAGAAGUUGAGUUGCUGAGAAGGGGAAAAAAAACCCAGAAAUAUCGUACCACUGUGUUUGAACAAUCUACAUAUUUCUUGAUAACCAUGUCACUGUGAAACUAUGUAGUGGCAUAUUCUCAAAAAGACCAACCAAGAGUCACUUUGGUAUAAAUGUAGGCAAUUCCAUCACAGCACUUAUGCCUGCAGAGCCCUUAGAUCUUUCCAUAGAUCAGUUGCCAUGGUUGAGAGAAGAUUUUACACUAAGGUUAUCUUGCAGUUGACGUGCACAAAAGCAAAGAAGAGACUGAGAAGGAUAUCCACUUGGGAUAAAAGUAAAGAUCACAACAUAAGGCUUGAUAAACUAUGUGCUUAAAAAGCAACAUUAACUCGUGCAGAAAAGGCACAGAGAGAGAGCCCCUUGCAGCCAUUAAGGUGAAGGGCAUAACUUUUCUUAAACAGUAUAAAUCAACUGGUUCUGCAUAACUGGUCACACCCUGUAAUUGUUGUAGGCAUCACAUCUUUGCCUGCUACUUUUAAGGUGCCUCAUUCUGUUUACUCCUAUUUGCCUCUUAUCUGUGCCACACAUCAGACAGGAGAAAAGCAGGUGCUCCUUUUCCUUUUCUUAUACCUCACUGUUUGAAUUUCUCUGCUCUUUUAAAGUGUUUCUACAAGCUUUCUAAUCUGGCCUCAGAACUUACCUUUUUAAAAAAUGUGCAUAAUCAAUCAUACUGUUCUGCUCACUCCUUCAUCUAUACCCAUGCAUUUGAUUAUUGUUUGCCAUGGGUUAAUUCAUUUGCUAACACUGGUAUUUCUUGUGUGGCUGACUGAUGGUCUGUUGUAGACUGUGCAUCACAUCCACUCACGAAAGUGUGUUUUACAAACUCAAGUAUUAUUAUGACACUCUUCACAAGGUAGCACCUUUAGUUGCGUUGUAGUACAAAGAAACAAAACUUGACUGAGAAGGAACUCCUUCAGCUGCUCUAUCAGCUGAGUUGGGAACAUCUUAUGGUUCAUUGAUUUCAGUGUGAUCAUUUACUUGAGAGGCAGUAUGAUCGGUAUCUUCUUUAAUUUCCACUUUACCCUCCUUUCAAUGGUCAGCCAUUUGCUUCGUUCCUACCUAAUUUAAUGAAUUGUCUUGAUGUUGAUAAAAGUAGAUCUUCUUAUAAGAGUUGUUGAUGAUGCUGUCUUUUACACUUUCUAGCUCAUUGGGUGAAUGAAGUGUCUUUAAGAGCUUAAAAGCUUUCUUUGCUGUAUGGCAUGUAUUAUCUUGCUGCCCUACGUGCCGACCGGCAUAACGGGCAGUAACUAAUGUAUUAUCUUGCGUGGCACUAUUUUUGCAUUGAGAAGAGUGUUUUGAGGGAAAUUUAACAGAAUGUAGAAAAUUUUCUUUCAUGGUCUGAGAAAGAUCAUAUUGUGCGGAAAUGCUUGAAUUAGAGUUUAUAGUAACUGUUGUUAUUUUUCUGCCUUUUGUGUUAAUAUUUUUAUAAGAAUAUAAUAGCAUUUUGUACAUGUGCACUAUGGAGCUAUAAUGUAGGCCUUGAGUGUCGGCUAAAUACAUGGUAAGGACUUAAAAUGGGUUCAUAAAGCUAUUAAAAAUGGCAUCAUUUUACCUUACAUGCUACCUUUCUGUGUUUUUCUGAGCUGAUUUCAUGACCACACUUUAGUAGUAUCAUUGUGCUGGAUCACAUUAUCAGUGAUGUUUACCCAUUAACUUUUAACUUUCACAUCAGGCAUGGUCUUUUACUAAAUUUUUAUCUUGAACAGUCAGGAUUCUUGCUUAUUCAAGUCAUGAUAAAUCUUGAAUUCAUGAAACACAUUUAUAAUUCAUUUUACAAUUUAAUGCAUAGACCUACAAUCUGUGCAACAGUUUUUUAACACAUUUUACAUUUUAAUGCAUUGCUAUAGUCCCUCUUCUUGGCAAGCAAAAUUUGUGGCCUGUUUGAUGUCUGGAUAGGUGAAUCCUCAGCUUAACUCAGUCUGUACUCUGUGACAUUCCAGAUGACACAUAAUAGAAUUCAGAAAUGGCAAGUGAUAUGUAGUUUAAUGAUGACAAAUUAUACAACUUUUCCAUUAAAUCACAUAAAAGUAAAUAAAUUUAUUAAUAUUUAAAAGCUUUUGUAAAGGACAAUAUUUCCUUUCAGACCUUUGUCACAGGCUUACUAACUUACAAAUUGAGAAUCAAUAAUUUUUAAUCGCUUUUUCUGACAAGGGGGUAAUCGUCAUACCAAUGUCUACCCAUGGUUUUAAACUAUAUGGAUAUUGUGUAUUUGUUGUGAUUUCAAUCUUUGACUGUUCAUAUCCCCCUGUGCUGAUACUACCCAUUUGCACUUAAAACCCAAUCGUUAAAUAAGUCUUCUCUUUUAUUUCCUUGUUUGUUAGCUUGUAAUGACUUUUUAUUGCAUAUAAGUCCUACAUAGUCAGUGGUACAUUCACUUCAUGAUCAUUAAUGUCAAAUGCUCAUUGCUUGCUAAGGAUUUUUGUGGGUAUUUUUAAAGUACUGGAACACAUCUAGUUUAUAGAUCUAAAAAGUGUUUAAGAGUAAUUUAAGGCUGUAAAAUAGAUUUUCAUUUGCAUAUUACAUUCUUCAUUGACCUUCCAUACUUUAGUUGGAAACCAUGCUGUUCUCACCAUGUUUUCAGAAUGUUCUUAGACGUUUUCAGUUUGUUUUUUUUUAACCCACUCGUUACAAAAUAAGCAAUUCUUAUAAUAAUCUUAUGCGUCACUGCACGCUUCACUAACAUACAAAUCUGACCAAAAAACAAACCAAACCAAGACCGUAUUUUCUUCAUAAUUUUAUAUCAAUUUUUUUAUUCCUUUUUG